AUGCCUCUUGACAUAGACUUAAAUGUUGCUUUCACUUUUCCAGAAGAACAAUCAUCUAUAUGUGAGACUAUUGCACCAUCAAAUAUUGAAACACCUCAAUUUGAGUUUGAGCUAAAUCAUCCAUCAAAUCUCAUUGUUGAAGAUAACAUGAACCAAGAUAUACCAUCAAAUAUAGAAGCACCUGAAUUUGAGUUAGAGUUAACUCAUUUCCCAUUUCUCAAUGUUGAAGGUAACAAUGAUUCUUUCUCAAUUGAAAAUGACUCAUUGACAAGUGAAAUCAAUUCAAGAAAACGUGGAUUUCUAACUAAUGAGCAGAGGAAGGCUAUAUAUCAUUUACUGAUGAGUUUGAGUGUGGAUGGGAAGUCACAUAAGUAUGGAGUAAUACCAAGAAUAUCUUCACUAUACAAUGUUCAUAGAAGUGUCAUUUACCGUAUAUGGAAUCAAGUAAAGGACACAUGUAAUGUUUGUCAUAGAAAAACCUUGUGCGGAAGGAAAAGGGUUCAGUUGGACUUUGAGAGAAUGCGUCAAGUACCAUUAUCAAAAAGGUUAACCUAUCGAGCUUUAUCUAAUUCUCUUAACAUUCCUAAGACGUCAUUGAUAAGGUUGCAAAAGUCAGGAGUUAUACGGCGCCAUUCAAAUACGCUUAAGCCGUAUUUAAAAGAGGAUAACAUGAUUAAUCAUUUAAGGUUUUGUAAGGAUAUGCUUGAUAGUAACAACUUGCCUCAUGAUCCAAAAUUUAUUUCCAUGCAUAAUAUUGUUUUCAUCGAUGAAAAAUGGUUCUAUAUUACCAAAACCAAAAACAAUUAUUACUUGCUUUCGGAUGAAGAAAAGCCAUAUAGAACAUGCAAAAGCAAGAACUUUAUUGGUAAGCUUAUGUUCUUAGAUGCUGUGGCUAGACCUAGGUUUGACGAUGAAAAAAAUGUGACAUUCUCAGGUAAGAUUGGUAUAUUUUCAUUUGUGUAUGAACAACCAGCUAGAAGAAGUAGUGUCAAUAGAGUCGGAGGGACAUUAGAAAGAAAACCUAUCACUUCUGUUACAAGAGAGGUGAAUAAAUCUUUCUUAAUAAGUUAAGUACUACCAGCCAUUAAGAGUAUGUGGCCAAGAGAAGAUGUAGGGAAGACAAUUUACAUUCAACAAGAUAAUGCAAGGUCACAUAUUGCUACAAAUGAUCUCGAUUUUUGUAAAGCAGCAAGUGAAGAUGGGUUUAACAUUCAAAUGACUUGUCAACCUCA